AUGGGGAAACCGAAAGGUAAAAGCGUCAAGUCGGUGACGGCUGACGCUCCCCAAGAGUUACAUUCCGAGCCGUACUCUGUUCCCAGGCCGACCAGCCCUUUGAGAGCCGCCGAUGGCCAUAAUGUUGACGGUUGGGCCGACGAGGACAUACGAACUUACAAUGAAUUGCUCAACGAAAGAGCAAAACUGGAAAAGGAAAAAAACGAACUGGAGCAGAAAUCCUCCAGACAUCAGACGCAGAGGGCCUUGCUAGAUGAAAAUGCCACAGCCCUUGACAAGCUGUUCAAAUCCCAGCUAGGAGGUGAUUUCAAAUUCACGGGUGCAGGGACCUGCUGCUUGGACGUUGAUGUGAAGGGAGUCGAAAGGACCAGAGGUGCUGCAGGCUCUUGCAAACACGAAAUUUGCCUACGGGCUAAGACGAAAGGGAUUUCUUGGAUGGAGAUGGACACGAUAAAAUAUUACCACGCAAGAAUCAUGGCCGAGAAGUCGCAAAGAAUGCAAAACGCGCUGCGCAAACAGAGAGACGUGGAAUUAGUGCGUGUCAAGAAGGAUGAUGAGGAGGAAGCUGCCUUGCGAGCCCGCAGAAAUGCGAUUUUGGACAAAGCCACUCGCAGUAGUCUGCCUUCCACGCCGACAAUCAAGGAUGACAAAGGCGGCGCCGCGUUGGAGACCUCAGCGCUGGAUCUACUCCCUAUGGCAUCCAAAGAUUUUCUGCUGGAUCCCAAGAAUAGCGCCAUUCUGGAAGCCGCCAAGGAGAACGAGCACAUCGUGCGCAGAAUUCGGGGACGGCUGGAUAAAAUUCGACACGACGUUAAUGCCGGAAGAGUUUCACCCGCGGAUGCUCGUGUGAAACUAGACCAAGCGAAUUCUGAGAUGGCGGAAGCUGAGAGGAAGAAUAACGAGUUCCGGCAGAUGAUUCUUGAUGCCGAACCUGCGCUUUCACAACUUCACCAGCAUUCUGCCCCCGCAGGGAAUCGCACAACUCCCAACACUCCGGCAAGCUUGACUACGGUGCUUCAGAACACUUUAGCAACAUCCAACGCUGACGCCUUCUCUCAAGCCCUCAGUGUGAUGAAGGGUUUCUUCAGUGCCUCAGAUCCACAUGAUGUCCAAACCGCUAUCACAGAUUUGCGCAGCGUGCUGGAACUCAACGGCCCGAUGUCUCCUGUCUUACAAAAGUCCUUCAAGGCUCUUGAAGAGAUGCUCGCGAAACCUAAUGCCAAAGGAUUCACGGUCGAUGUCACCACCGGCGAUGGAAAGACGAGGACAUGCAAUAACGUGGUCGAGGUCAUGAUGAACCUCCGGUUAAAGAUGCAAGCCUCUGACAAUCCCUCCGCGGCUGCUGACCCUGAUCUGAAUCUUGACGAAGACACGAUCAAGGCCAAUCUUGAAUGUAUCAAGGUUGAAGAUGCUGCAAAGCACUACAUGCUGAAGAUGGUGGAGAGGAUGCCUGGAGCCACCACGGCCAGUGUCACCAGCGCCCUCAAGAAACUCAAGGCAAAGGCUAUCCUAAAAUCGCCCAUCCCACCACUCUCCGAUAUCGUUCUUGACGAUGUGAUUAGUGACAUACUCUUCCAACGAUCGGUCGAUGCUCUGGUCGCUGAAGCAGCCAAAGGUGCCAGCCUGGCACAACUAUCUGGAAAGGUGACCUCACUUGUCAUUUCGACCUCCCGAAACAACCCAGGGAAGUAUCUAGCGACUUUGAACAUGACGAAAGAUGCCAUUAUGAAGGGGAAGAAGCUCCCACCCGAUGUACUUCUCGAGGCCAUCUCAAAGGUGGAAGCCUCCAUGACACAGUUCGUCAAAGCCUAUGGGGAGAAAAUAAAACAGAUCGACGCUGAGGAAAAAGCCAACCCUAGCCCAUCUCCCAAGCCCGAUCUGGAGAUUCACCAUCUUCUGGAGGGCUCUCAUGUGGACAAAAAGGCUUUCGAGCUGUUCAAAAAGUUCUUGCGCACUCCAUCGGCAAAUGACCCUGCGGUAUUGCGCGCCCGUUUCUGCGAAUAUCAUCAUAUGUAUCUUGAAGAGGGCAUGUGGAACAUGCUUCACGUUGUGCUAAACCAGCAAACCUCAGGCAAAUUCUGGUGGGCAAAUUGGGAGGCCGAAAAGAAAUAUUGUAUCGAAAACAUGCAGGUUGCCGCCGCUACGCCAGUACCAAAAGUUGCGGACUUUGUCUUGCAGCUGCAGGAACUCGGCAUCUGCCCUGCGAGGGCUGCGAUCAUACUUACACAGCGCAUCGCAUUACAGAUGAGGCAGGACUCCGAAGCCGCCAAAAUCAACAUCAUGACUCUCCGAGACAUCUAUGCGGAUUGUGAAUCUCUCAAGCACAAGGAAUGGGCUCGGUCUUUCAACUUUAUCGGACGAGCGAUGGCAGACACCUUUGCAAUGUUGAUGUUUGAAUUGGUCGGGCAGGUCAAUUUCGAGAUCGCGAUCAUGGCUGCAGACUUCCUCGCGUUCAUUUGCACUUUCGUCCUCGGUUCAAUGGACGCCAUAAGAGCCGAACUUAACCUCCGCUACCUCGAGCAGUUCAUUCUCAGUACUCUUAUGGAAAGUCGUACCCCUAUCAACAAGUGCCGGGACAUCUUUUCCCGAUGUCAAGCGACAUUCUCCCGUUAUGCCACUGAAAAGUUUGCAUCACUCGUCCCUGCACCGUUGAAGGUGAACAAAAAAGCAAAGGAGACCCCAGAAAAGCCUACGUCGAAUUCAACUAAAACUGGCACUGCGCCCCCACGACAUGUCCGCAUUCGAGUGACCGUAAAGGCAUAUUGGGACGUGGCAAAAAUUCUCACGCCGCACUUGAAAUGUAUCGAGCGCAACAAGAAGAACAAGAAGAGUUGUCUCUGCAGUCGAGCUGAUCAGGAAUUUGCCGAAGAAAUUCAAGUCCUCAAGCAUGCUCUCGAUAUCAAUCUGGCUGAACUUGAGACCAUGGUCAACAAAGGCUUAAAUCCUCCCAAGGACUUAUGGGAUAUGCUGGAGAAAAAUGCCUUGGCUUUGCACGAACGCCCUGCAACCUAUGAGGGAAACCAGAGAAGAAUAACAGAGUUGAGAGCAAAAGUAGGAACCGCUCGAUUUACGAAGAUUCCUCCUCCCAACGAACCAGUGGCCAAGGACGUGACAACCACGCAACGGCAGCUCAGCCUCAAGUCAGUCCCAGUUAAUGUCCCCAGCAUCCAAAACAACCUAUCAAGCAACACUUCAGAGAAGGGUAAACUUGAGAAGGAUGCCACAGAGAGUCACUUGGAACACCAGCAUGAGGCAUCGUUCCAAAGCGAACCAGGUGCAGAGACUAAGUCGGUUUCCACAGCCGAUCAGGACGACGAAUCCGAUUGGCACAUGACGGAGCGAGAACUUGAGAUCAGAGACCAGCUGCUCACGUUCUCCGACAGCGUAGACAUGAUGCACUCAUUUGCGUCUGUCAUACACCAUGGUGCCAACGAUCUCGGGCUUGAUGGUGUGGCGUGGCAAAUUGAAGACAUGCUCAUCGGCCACGUGGAAAUGGCGUGGAUUAUUGCAAAAGCUCAGGGCUAUAGCGGACUGCAAACUUGGAUGGAGUAUUAUUACGCACAAACCAUGCCCACCCCUUUGGGGGAGAACUUCAAAGUGAACGGCACCGGCGAUUACGGUCAUGAUGGAAGCCUUGCCGACGCGUAUGCAAGGAAGAAAACUAUCGCCUUCGACAUUAUCAGCAAGAUGGGUGGCGGCGGUGCGAAAGGCAAACCACAGUCUCAAACCGCAGGGUCGACGUUGACUGCGGCGGCAGGGAAUCCCGCGACGGCUGCCGCCAACGCAGCAGCAGCGGCACCACCACCACCGAACCCUUCUGCUUUGCAACAGGCCGAACAAGCCGUGGCUGACAUGGAGCGACUCGGUCGCAAUUUCAUCUCGCAGAUGCAGAUUGUCUCGAAUCGCCGCAAGCGCAUGCCGAAGCGCAAGUGGUAG